CGGCCUCGUGAUCAAAACCGUCGGCGUCGUCACAUUCCUGGAUUCUGCAUCUGUGUUUUGCGCGCCCGUGCGUGCGCGUGCGUGCGUGUGCGCGCGUGCGUGUCAGGGACGCUGCAGCCUUACUCCUUUUCCCCUCUUUUCCCACUCUCUCCUUCUGUCUCAUUUCUGUCAACAAUUUCUCUCACGUUUUCCCUCAUGACGCGGCGGAUUUAAGACAGUAGGCCGUCCCGCGGAUCCUUCUCCGACUUGAGUCCACGUUUCCGCCCCACCCUUUUUUUUCCUUCCCUUCCCCUUAGUGUCCUGGUUGCCAUGGAGAGCUCGUCAGUGGCGUCGGCUUCGUCGGAGGCAGGAAGCACGCGCUCACAGGAGAUCGAAGAACUGGAGCGAUUCAUCGACAGCUACGUGCUUGAGUAUCAAGUGCAGGGACUUCUAAACGAUAAGAACGACAAUGAGAAUGAGAACGUAGACAAGACGCAGUCCAACAUCUCCCAGUGGACGGAGGACUGCAGCGAUAAGAUAGAUGGGAGCUGGUCGUCCUCUCGUGGCAGGGGCUCGUCCAAACCGGAUGAGUGGGAACACAGCAGUAACGGAAGUACAGGUUCCAGACCCAGCUCAGGUUCUCGACCCGGAUCCGGUUCGAGAUCAGGUAGCCAUGGACGCAACAAACAGUUCUGUGCACCGUCCAAGAACGGAAACAGAGAAGGCUCAUUCGACAUUCUGGGGACGGACAUAUGGGCCGCCAACACCAUGGACUCCCACGGCGGCGCCACGUGGGACCUGCAGCCAGAAAAGCUGGAUUUCUCACAGUUCCACAGGAAGCAGUACAGAGGAACACCGAAACACCUCCCACACAUCGACCGUGAAGGAAUGAUGAAGAGCAGAUACGAUGAUGACACUAUUGAUCUGAAUGACAUUGAGAAGUUCCUGCCCGGCCUCCCAGUUUUCCCGCCAUUGCCUAACGAAGCCGAGAUUGCGCAUACCAAAAAGCUCUUCCGCCGCCGCCGACACGACCGCCGACACACCGAGGCGCCACAGGACGAGCUGACCGUGCUGCUGCCCUGCGACGGGAAACGCCAAGUGUCCAGGAGACCGCAGCGUCCUUCUGGAGGUGGUGGCGGUGGAGGAGGAGGUGGUGGUGGUGGUGGUGGUGGUGGAGGUGGAGGGCCUAAAUCUCAGCAUCAGCUGCAUCAGCAGGUGCCACCACAUUCCCAGCAGCAGCAUCAGUCGACCAAUCAAACGCAACAGCUCAUCGCCGACCCCCAGUCAGACGGCUUCAAUGCCAAGCACGGACAUGGAGGGCGGGGCUACCAAAGCGGGCAGCAGGGACGCGGGCAUCACCAUGGUUACAGCCAGAACCGGCGCUGGCACCAGCAGCACAGACAGCCGGGCCAGCGGAACGCCAAAGAGACAGACAGCGUGAAGGAGGACGAGAACGAAUAUAAGACGGACAACGCCGGAGGAGACGACAACAAGAACGACAGAAAGCAGGAGGGAGGGAAAAAAGUCAGCCUGCUGCAGUCCUCGAAAGAGAGGCUGAGGAGGAGGCUGAAUGAGAAGGAGGAGGUUCCCUUGGCGACACCGGGGCCUCAGCGUAACCGUAUGGACAAGCUGCUAGAGAUCCUGAACAGCAUGAGGAGCAACAGCAGCGGCGUCGAGGCUCAGCUGACUUCCUUCAUGGAGCAGGCACAGAGCUCGGCGCAGUCGGAGGAGACGCUCAACGAGAUCGCGCACACCAUCUACGGCAAAGCGGUCCGAGACCGAGGCUUCGCCGCCACCGCCGCCAAACUCUGCUACAAGAUGGCGCUCUUCAUGGUGGAGGGCACCAAGUUCCGCUCGCUGCUGCUCAACAUGUUACAGAGGGACUUUACACGACGUGAGGAGCUGCAGCAGACCGAUGUGGAGAGCUGGUUGGGCUUUAUCACCUUCCUGUGUGAGGUGUUCAGCACUAUGAGGAGCAACACAGGAGAGCCGUUCAGAGUGCUCGUCUGCCCCAUCUACACCUGCUUACGAGAGUUGCUGGAGUCGGCGGAGGUGAAGGAAGACGCCGUGCUCUGCUGCUCCAUGGAGCUGCAGAGCGCCGGGCGGCUGUUGGAGGAGCAGUUGCCGGAGAUGAUGAUGGAGCUGUUAGCCGCAGUGAGGGAUAAGAUGCUGAGUCCAGCCGAGUCUCCGCUCACACGCUCGCUGCUCAUGGAGGUCAUCGAGCUGCAUGCUCAUCAGUGGAGCCCCCUGGAGGCCCUCACCACGCAGUACUACAACAGAACCAUCCAGAAACUCACUGCAUGACCCCCACACACACACCAGUGGAGCCCAAGGGAGACCCUCAUCUCUCUGUCUUACAAGAGAAACUGACCGCAUGACACACACACACACACACACACUGGUGGAGCCCCCUGGAGGCCCUCACUACUCAGUACUACAAGAGUCAAACUGACUCUGUGAUCAAACUAACACACUUUUAUCUGUAAGAAGGAAAGGUCUGCUCCAAGGGAUGGAGGGACGGAUAGACAGAUGGAUGACUGGAUAAGUGGACAGAUGAAUAAAUUAAUGGGUAACACGAUGGAUGGAUAAAUGGACCCAUAACUGGAUGGAUGGAUAAAUGGGUUAAUGAUGUGCGUAUAUAAACGAGUGUGUAUCCGGAUGGGUGCGAAGACAGAUGAGUGAAUAACUACAUGGAUGAAUUGAAUGGAUGGAUGGAUGGAUGCAUAACUGUAUAGAUGGAUGGAUGAAAAACCCAAUGGAUGCAUAACCAUUUAGAUUGAUGGAUGGAUGGUUGGUUGUAUGGGAAACCCAAUGGAUGCAUAAUUGGAUGGAUGGAUGGAUGGGAAACCCAAUGGAUGCAUAAUUGGAUGGAUGGAUGGAUGGAUGGAUGGGAAACCCAAUGGAUGCAUAACCAUAUAGUUGGAUAGAUAGAUGGACGGACAGACAGACCAUAACUGGGUAAUGGACGGGUGUAUGAAUGGGAGGAUGACAGUGUAAUUGGAUAGAUGGUUAGAAGGGUAAUUGGAAGGAUGGAUGGGUGGAAGCGUAACCCAUUGGACAGAUAGUGUCUUGCUCCUGUCCUGGGGGUCGGAGGUUAAAGGUCAACGCUAUGCAGAUUUGAGUGAAUGUGUAUGAGCUUAUUGUUACACAGGCGCAUGUUAAUGAUCCGCUUUCAGACACGAAGCCAGACUGCUGUUACAUUAGUAAACACGCUACAUGCAUAAACAUGAGCAGCGUUAAAUCAACAAGAAAUAAGCAUACACACACACACACACACACACACACACAGAUAAUUCACAUUAGGUGUGUGUAAGAGCCAAAGAGCCUGUAAGAGACACUUUAACGCUAACACACACAGAGUAGCUGCGCAGUCCUCGACUUCUUUUGUGCCAACCAUCCAGCCUUCCUCUCUGUCCUCAUCCCUCUCUCCAUCCCCCUCUCCAGACCUGUGUGUGUGUGUCAUUGUUUGGCGAGUCAUGUCCCUAGAGCACGCCGUCGCCCAUCAGCGCUGUCUAGCCGAGGUCAAGCAGACAGACUGCAGAGGGCUUAGCCUGCUUUUGUCUCCCUAAAACACAUGCACACACACACACACGCCUCAGCCUGACUCUGGAUGGCAGAUGGCCGCUGGAGACUAUAAGGCCAGACACACAGCCCGCGUCCUCUUGUCCAGCCCAAUGGGAGCGUGUGUGUGUGUUGAGGAGGUUUCAGAUAAAAGCAUCAGGCUGCACCCAGCCUCUUUGUUGUCGCGUGUCCUUUUUAUUUCCUCUUCAGGUUUUUAUUUCGCGCCGCAGUGCUCGUUGGCCGCGAGCCGUUUAUUAUCCCUGUGUAUAAUACUUAUUGUAAUGUUAUUGUAAUGUAUUAUAUGUUAUUGAUUUUUUAAUGUAUGUUUAAGAACAGUAUAUACAGUAUGUGUGACAUGACAUGAUGUUUUAGGGCUAGACCGAUCGCACAGGUUUGAAAUAUUUUGCACUGUUUUAAGGCAAAAACAAACGAUAUGAAGAGGUUUGCAGGAUGGGGCGGGGAGCGCUGGGAGACGUGGGGGGUUUUCCCAGACUUUAGGACACGCCCCCUUUAUAAUGAAGUGGUGUCUUAUUGUCUGGUAACUCAUUUGGUGAAAAAGUUUAACACACACACAGUUAUCACACACUAGACUUCAUCUGUAGAAGGAAUUAAACAUGACUCUGACCCCGAUUCAGAUUUCUGAGUCUGACUCCGAUUCAGAUUUCUGAGUCUGACUCUGAUUUAGAUUUCUCCAGUUCAGAUUUCUGAGUCUGACUCUGAUUUAGAUUUCUCCAAUUCAGAUUUCUGAGUCUGACUCUGAUUUAGAUUUCUCCAAUUCAGAUUUCUGAGUCUGACUCUGAUUUAGAGUUCUCCAAUUCAGAUUUCUGAGUCUGACUCCAAUUCAGAUUUCUGAGUCUGACUCUGAUUUAGAUUUCUCCAAUUCAGUUUUCUGAGUCUGACUCCAAUUCAGAUUUCUGAGUCUGACUCUGAUGUAGAUUUCUCCAGUUCAGAUUUCUGAGUCUGACUCCAAUUUAGAUUUCUGAGUCUGGCUCCGAUUUAGAUUUCUGAGUCUGACUCCAGUUUAGAUUUUUGAGUCUGACCCCGAUUCAGAUUUCUGAGUCUGACCCCAAUUCAGAUUUCUGAGUCUGACCCCAAUUCAGAUUUCUGAGUCUGACUCCAAUUUAGAUUUUUGAGUCUGACCCCAAUUCAGAUUUCCAAAUUUGACUCUGAGUUAGAUUUCCGAGUCUGAGUCCGAUUCAGAUUUCCGAGUCUGAGUCCGAUUCAGAUUUCCGAGUCUGACUCCGAUUCAGAUUUCCGAGUCUGACUCCGAUUCAGAUUUCCGAGUCUGACUCCGAUUUAGAUUUCUCCAAUUCAGAUUUCCGAGUCUGACUCCGAUUCAGAUUCACCGUUUAAAAUUUUCGAAAUUCGUCUCUUUAUCAGUAAAACUGUAGCCUCGUCUGUCUACAAAUAAAGCUUAAUAACAUUGUUGCAAAGCGCUGGAACUGGAGACUCUUUCCCAAAAAAAGUUAUAACAUUUAAUAACAACAUAAUAAACACGAAAAACGUUUCUCCAGUGAUUAAUCACAUUCACAUCUACACAACAUCCGUCACAUACGUCCCUCUGCACACGGAACGCCAGAACCCGGAACUGACCGAUCAGAACGGAGAGUUCAUACACACACACUGACCCUUGGUAUGAGCUCAUGAUUGUGUGUGUGUGUGUGUGUGUGUGUGUUACACUUUUUUCACCAAAUGACCACUUUUUAAAAAGAUUCUGCGAUAUGGAUUUGAUUUUUUUUUAUGUAUUAUUUCCUCCUGCAGUGCGGCUUCUGGAUGGAAUUUUUAAAAAUGAGAUAGAAGCAUGGCUUUUAAAUAAAAACAAACAAACAAAAACCGUCGUGCAGAUUGCAGUGGACCUUUCACUCCAACGUGUAUUUACAUGAAAUAAAAACAAAACAGAUUUGA